UCCAUGUUCUCCUCUCCAUUACCACCUCUCUCUCUCUCUCUCUCUUGAAAUUUCCUCACAAACCACAACGUGUGCUUCACUUAAAACCUCAUCUCUCACUAACAAUCUCUUCAGACUUCAGAAUUCCAGCAUUUCAGAGUAGAACUGGCCAUUUCCUCUGUUUCUCCCCUGUGUCUCUCUGUUUCCUUCACAUCUAAAAAACUCACAUACAAAGAAAUGACGUCAAUCGUGUGUCAGGGGCUGCAAUCAUGCCUCGAGCCACGACUCAUCGAACCACGCACUCUGAGGCCGAAGUUGGCUCCACCCAAAUCAAACUCUCGCCAAGAGAAUCGUCAAAAUCAUGAAGAAGAAAAUGACAACAAAAAAAAUGGCGAAUCGGGUGGUUGGAGUUUCAUAAAAGCUCUAACAAACACUCCUCAAAACCCCAAACAAGUAACCGAGACUGAAAAAGUCUAUAUCCACCCUCUUGCCAAGCGCUCUUCCUCCGCUCUCAGCAAGAAAAGCUUGGAAAUGUGUACCGAAGGGCUGGGAAGCGAAACCGGGAGUGACAUUAGCGAAAGCAGCGACGAACUCUCUUUGAACAUGGCCAAGUCCUACCCAAUCCCGCCUUCGAAAUCGCGAGAGUUGGGUAGGAAACUGAGUCAGGGCGGUGGGAAUUUUCCUCCGCCCCUGACUUCGAUUAGCGGCUCGGACGGCGUCAGAGUGAGGCCCCACCGGGAGGGGGGCCGGUUGGUUAUAGAAGCGGCUACCGUAACUUCAUGUAACGGUUACUUUCAAGCGGAACGUGGCGACGGGAGGCUGAGGCUUCGCUUGUUGAAGGACAGUACUGGAAAUUGUCACAACGAGGAAGUUUAUGAUGAUGACGACGACAACGGCGAUGAUGAUGAUAAUGAUGAUGGUGAUGAUGAAGGUGAAGAGGGUGAUUAUGAUGAUGAUAAGUGGGAUGAGGGUAUGGGAGGGGAUAAUGGGAAUGUUGAGGGUGAGAUCGCAAAUAUAGUAGAGUUACCCUGUUGCAGGCCAAGUAGGUGCAAGGAAAGUGGGGGUGGGAACAACAACAAAGGGAUGUCAAUCUGGGGGCAAUUUUGGGUGGCCAUUUCUUGAGCCCUGAUUGGGGAAGUUGGAAAGCCUAUUUAUCUCUCUCUCUCUCUCUCUCUCCUCUAGCUUUCUCUCUCUACGAGAAUGAGUAUUGUUAUGGGGUUUAUGCUUUCAUUUUGGUGUACGUAAAUGGUAGUUAAUAUGGUUAAUGGACAUGGUCCAGUGUACCUAGCUAGUUCUUUCUCUCUGUAGUGUCUUUCCAUUUCAUGAUUCUUAUUAAUGGAAUGUUGUUGUACGGCAUCUCUGGAGCAGUACUCUUGACGGA